AGUGCCACACCUGACCUGUCGCUGAUCACAACUGCGCAGACGAUCGAGCGCAUGCUGCGCACACAGGCCGGCAUCUACUCCGUCACCGUGGCGCUGCUGGCCGAGCGCGCCGUCGUCACGUACGACGCUGAGAAGUGGACGCCGGCCUCGCUGGCCGAGGAGAUCGACGACAUGGGCUUCGAGGCGACACCGCUCGAGGAGGCGGCCGAGGACAGCGUGACGCUGCGCAUCUACGGCAUGACGUGUGCCAGCUGCACAGGCACCGUCGAGCGGGCCCUGGCGGCGCGGGCAGGCGUGCUGGACGCCAGUGUCAAUCUCGCCCUCGAGACGGCCAGCGUGCACUUCGAUCCCGCAAAGGUGGGCGUGCGCGACAUCGUCGAGUGUGUCGAGGAGUGCGGCUUCGAUGCGACGCUCGCUGCGGCAGAUGGCGACUCGACGCAGCUGCAAUCCCUCUCGCGCGUCAAGGAGGUGGCCGAAUGGCGCGCUGCCUUUCUCUUCUCCCUCAGCUUCGCCGUGCCCGUCUUUCUCGUAUCGAUGGUGCUGCCAAAGUGGGGCGCUGCACGCAGCGUGCUGCGCUGGCAGCCGCUGCCCAACCUCUUCCUCGAAGAUCUCAUCUGCCUCGCCCUCACGAUUCCCGUGCAGUUCGGCAUCGGCAAGCGCUUCUACGUCAGCUCCUACCGCGCACUGCGCCACGGCGGCGCGACGAUGGAUGUGCUCAUCGUGCUCGGCACCACGGCCUCGUUUGUCUACUCCAGCCUGUCGAUGCUAUUUGGCCUGCUGUGCGGCAGCGGCCAAGACUGCGCCAAGCCGGCGACGUUCUUCGACACGAGCACCAUGCUCAUUACAUUCGUGACGUUCGGCCGCUACCUCGAGAAUGCGGCCAAGGGCAAGACGAGCGAGGCGCUCUCGAAGCUCAUCGGUCUCACGCCCAGCACGGCGGUGAUCUACCGCGACGGCGCGGCGCUGAGCGUCGAGCACAAGGUGCCGUCGGAGCUGAUCCAGCGCGGCGACUACGUCAAGGUCGUGCCCGGCGAGAAGAUCGCGGCUGAUGGCGUCGUGGUGCGCGGCAGCAGCAACGUCGACGAGAGCAUGGUCACUGGCGAGGCGCUGCCCGUCGCCAAGCAAGAAGGCAGCGUCGUCAUCGGCGGCACAGUCAACGGCAUGGGCUCGUUUGACUUUCUCGUCUCGCGCGCCGGCAAGGACACGUCGCUGGCGCAGAUUGUGCGUCUCGUCUCGGAGGCGCAGACAAGUAAGGCACCGAUACAGGCCUUCGCCGAUCGCGUGGCCGGCAUCUUCGUGCCAUGCGUCGUCGGCCUCGGCAGCUUCACGUUCAUCGCGUGGAUGAUCAUCUCGCACCUGCUCGCACCGCCUUCGCUGCCCGAUGUCUUCCGGCAAGAAGGCGCCACGCGCCUCAUGGUCUGCCUCAAGCUCUGCAUCUCCGUCAUCGUCGUCGCGUGCCCCUGUGCGCUCGGCCUCAGCACACCAACGGCCGUCAUGGUAGGCACAGGCGUCGGCGCACAGCACGGCAUCCUCAUCAAGGGCGGUGGACCGCUCGAGGCGAGCCACUCGGUCGAGCGCGUCCUCUUCGACAAGACUGGCACGCUCACUGAGGGCAAGCUCACAGUCUCGGCACUCUGCUGGGCCGAUGGCGAGCCGGAGGAGGCGGUCAGCGCUGAUGCUGCGCCGCUGCGCAACAUGAGCGCACCCGCAGCGGGCGGCCUCUCACGACGCAGCGUGCUCGAAGCUGUCGGCGCCGUCGAGCUGCGCAGCGAGCAUCCACUUGGCCGCGCGGUGGCAGACUUCUGCAGUGCUCAGGCGUCCAAGAGCCACGAGGAGCAAGGCGCACACGGCGUUCCGGCUACGCCCUCCACAAGCGACUUCCUCAACGUCGCGGGCUCCGGCGUCUCGUGCCGAGCGACGCUGCCCAGCGGCAGCACGCAUCUGGUCAAGAUCGGCAACCUGGCCUACGUGCAAGGCAAGGGUGCCGGUGCGCGGCCACCUGCCCGUCUGGCGGCCUUCAACGACGCACAAGAGGCGCAGGGCCGCACCGUCGUCUUUGCGACGCUCGACGGCUCGCUGGUUCUGGCCUUUGCGCUGGCUGAUCGGCUGAAGCCCUCUGCGCGGCCGUGCGUGGAUGCGCUGCGUGCCAUGGGCAUCAGCGUUGGCAUCAUGACGGGCGACAGCGAGGCGACUGCGCUUGCGAUUGCACGCGAGCUGGGCAUCGAGGCGCACGACGUGCACGCCGGCAUGAGUCCGAACGGCAAGCGCGGCGUCGUGGUGCGUCUGCGGCAAGAGGCCGAGGCGGCGGCACUCAAGGCCGGCCGACGCGAUCGCGGCGGCAUCGCCAUGGUCGGCGACGGCAUCAACGACUCGCCGGCGCUGGCGGCGGCGACGCUGGGCAUCGCGCUGGCAUCCGGCAGCGAGAUUGCCAUGGAGGCGGCCGACGUGGUGCUCAUGCGGCCUCAAAGCCUGCUCGACGUGCCGGCCAGCCUGCAUUUGGCACGCCGCAUCUUCCGGCAGAUCCGCUUCAACUUCGUCUGGGCGACGUGCUACAACAUCAUCGGCAUCCCGCUCGCCAUGGGCCUCUUCCUGCCGUGGGGCUACCACCUGCAUCCGAUGACGGCCGGCGCAGCCAUGGCGUGCAGCUCCGUCUCCGUCGUGCUCAGCUCCCUCACGCUGCGCUGGUGGCGCCGCCCGGCGGCACUGCAGGAUCAGAGCGCAGCGUAUGCCGACGGCUCAAAGCCGACCGAGUCGGCCGUUGCUCGCCUCGAGGGCGCCCUCGAGUGGCUCUCGGCGUCUGCGGGAAGCGUGAGCGACGCAGCUCUGCGCCGCAUCAACGCUCUGCGCGGCCGUCGCGGCGAGUCGCGCGCCGACUAUCAGGCUCUGCCUGUCGAGAUGGCCUAGCCUCAUGCUCCAGCACUGCUCCUCCUCCCAUCUGCGCCUCAUCUCCACGUCACGCUGUCACUGUCUCCCCACAUUCGCCUGUAACUUAUCACACUCCGCAAGCA